CGAGAGCCCAAGGUUCUUGCAUCCGAUACUGAAGAUACUUUGGAAGAGCGACGAGAACGCACUCAAAAUAAGAAGAGAAGGCUGGCGGUAGCGUUAUCACCUUUCAGAAGCCCACGGAAGAAGGCACGUUCUGCUCCGGAGAUGACUUGGACAGUUGAGGAUGUUGGACUUGAUUCAACACCAUCGUCUGAACAAACUUCUGAGGUACCAGAGCAGAUUGAGGCAGUGCACGAUCAAGGAACGUUUAAAGAGCAUCAGCAGAUUGCUCCACCUAUACCACCUGUCGACUGGUCUUCAUUCGAGAGAGAGCCGCCUUUUGAACGCUGCUCGUUGCUCACUCUGGUGCUCGUGCACUUCGGCUUCUACUUGUUCCUGAUCCUCAGCCGCCUGAACCGAUGUCUUUUUCCGCACAAAGUCACUAGAGAAAGAAACAGAGAGGGUUACGCGCCAUUGUACAGCCAAUUUGACGAGUUCUUCUCGCACUACGUGUACCGUCGCGGCCGCAUAUGCUACAACCGGCCCGUGUGCUCCGCGCCGAACUCCGAGAUCACUCUCAUGGAGCGGACUAGUGACGACUACAACUGGACUUUCAGAUUUACCGGACGUGAACUAAAGUGUGUGAAUCUGGCUUCGUACAACUAUUUGGGCUACCGCGGCGGGAAAGCCGAGGUGGAAGCCGCCACGCGGUGUUACGGGCUCGCACUGAGCUCUCCACGUUCUGAACUGGGGUCAUGCCCGCUGCAUACUCAGCUUGAGAGCGAAAUUGCGGACUUCCUUGGCGUUGAGGCAGCAAUGGUGAUAGGCAAUGGGUUCUCAGCCAACUCGCUGACGUUGCCAGGGCUACUGGAUCCCGGCGCGUUGGUGCUGAGCGACGCGAAGAACCACGCCAGCCUGCGACUGGGCUUGCGUCUCGGGAGUGUUACCGUUCGUGUAUUUAGACAUAACGAUAUGAGGCAUCUCGAGCAGUUAGCGCGACAGGCUCGCGCAGAGGGACGCUGGGAGAAGAUUGUCGUAGUGAUGGAGGGCGUAUAUAGCAUGGAGGGUUCCGUGGGACCACUACCAGCUGCCAUCGCGCUGAAGAAGCAGCUAGGCCUCCACCUGUACGUCGACGAGGCCCACAGCAUCGGGCUGGGGCCGCGAGGCCGAGGGGUCACGGAUAUGUUCCGCGUAAAUCCGAGAGACGUCGACGUUCUGAUGGGCACAUUUACAAAGAGUUUUGUCGGCAUGGGAGGGUAUAUUGCUGGUUCCACUGCGCUAGUGAACCGCGUGCGUUCGCACGGACACGCGCACGCGUACGCGCAGAGCAUGCCGCCGCCCGUCGCCGCGCAAGUCCUCAGCGCGCUGCACGACUUGCGCGCGCCGUCCGGCCAAGCACGAGCGGCCGCGCUGAGGGACAACACGCGUUACUUCCGCGAACGGCUCCGUGCGAUGGGCGUGGUGAUAUACGGCCACCCUCAGUCCCCAGUGGUACCCAUGAUGGUCUACUCGCUUUCAAAGAUGGUGAAGUGCGUGAAACAGCUCACGGAAGCCGAAGUGGCGUCCGUCGGGGUGUGCUUCCCCGCCACGCCAUUGUACCAAGCGAGGAUGAGAUUCUGCAUAUCCGCUGCCCAUACUCGUGAACAACUCGACAAAGCGCUAGUUGCCAUAGAAGCGGCUGCCGACGAGCUGGGCCUGCGAUACUCACGCCUGCAACCUACCAGUACAUCAACCAGUGUUUACAAGGGUCUGACCAUCUUGGAAAAAGCACGGAAAAUCAUAGACCUAUUUUAAUCCGUUCACUAUUUAUUGUCUUAAGUUCUUUCUAGUAUUUUUUGCUAUAGCAACUGUAUUCUUCAUGUCAUCAAGAUACCAUGUUAAGGUAGCGUAAUGAAGUGUUGUCAUAAAGUGUUUCUCAUUUAGUUAGAAGAUAUUUCAAUAUACCCUAAGACAAAAAUAGUUCGAUUUAAUUAUUCUAAACGAUGGUCGGACCCUUCGGACCUAGAUUUGAAAAACAUAACAAUGCUAGACAAUAAUUAUUUGCUAUAAUUUGUCUCAAUAUUAUAUCUUUGUAUUACUAGUUUAGUAUUAUUAGGGCUGUAAUGUUAUUUAUUAUAAUAUAAUAUAAUUAUCAUGUGUGAUAUUA